AUAAGACGGGGCGGACCGGCCGGCCGGCAGAGAAGCUGGUGGACAGCGCCCGGUGCUGAACGCGACGCCGGCCGGUGAGCCCCGCUGCCCGAGGAGACCCGCUGGCGCUCAUGGCAGGAAAGCCGCAGCCUCCGUACCUGCACCUGGCCGAGGUGACGGCCUCCCAGUUCCUGGAGAUCUGGAAGCACUACGACGCCGACGGAAAUGGCUACAUCGAAGGCAAGGAACUGGAGAACUUCUUCCAGGAACUGGAGAGUGCUCGGAAGGGGGCCGGAGUGGAAUCCAGAAAUACCGAGUUUGCGGGAAAGAUGCAGGAGUUCAUGCGGAAAUAUGACAAAAAUGCAGAUGGGAAGAUUGAGAUGUCUGAGCUGGCCCAGAUCCUGCCCACAGAAGAGAACUUCCUGUUGUGUUUCCGGCAGCAUGUUAGCUCCAGCACAGAAUUCAUGGAGGCCUGGAGAAAAUAUGACACCGAUCGCAGCGGCUACAUCGAAGCGAAUGAGCUGAAGGGAUUUCUCUCGGACUUGUUAGAGAAAGCCAACAGGCCCUACGACGAGCCAAAGCUGCAAGAGUACACACAGACCAUCCUGCGAAUGUUUGACCUGAACGGGGACGGGAAGCUCUGCCUUUCGGAGAUGUCGCGGCUGCUGCCGGUGCAAGAGAACUUCCUCCUCAAGUUUCAGGGAAUGAAACUAGAUGCAGAGGAAUUCAAUGCUAUCUUUGCAUUUUAUGACAAGGAUGGAAAUGGCUUCAUCGAUGAGAAUGAACUGGAUGCCCUCCUGAAAGAUCUGUACGAGAAAAACCAGAAGGAAAUGGGUAUCCAGCAGCUGACCAACUACCGAAAGAGCAUCAUGAACCUGUCUGACGGAGGAAAGCUUUACCGUAAGGAACUGGAGAUUGUCCUUUGCAGCGAGACCCCUCUGUAAACAGGAGACGUCCCCCCCUUUGCCCUGUCCAGCUUUGCCCCCCGCCCGCCCUGCCCUGCUCGCCAGGCCACCGGAGGCACGGAGAGGCUGGUCUGCUGAGCCGAGAUCCCCUCCGCCCCCACUGGCCUCGGCUUGCUGACCUGCUUGUGACGUGAGCCACAGAAUUUCUGCCAGACGAGGGGGAAAGGGGAGUGCUGGGUGACCACCUUAGUGCGAGGGUGGGUGGGGUGGAGGUGCCCAGCAGGGGAGCGUGACCCAGAAGACGACCCAUUUCCCCCUCCUUGCUUGUGGCUCUCUUUAGUUACCAUAGUUUGUUUCUCGCACAUCUCUGGAUCUGGAGGGGAUUCUCUUUCUGUGUUUAGUUUUUAUCUUUUGCCGUCUUUUCCUGUUCAAGUCUUCUUGUUUACCAAAGAAGAGUUUACAAAUAAAACCGAUAUUCUGCUACAGGA